UUAAGUGACCUGUAUUUAAUACAUUUUAGUAACUUUGUUCUGGACUUGACGGAGGGGCUCCAUGACCUUGGUGCUAUUAAGUGGCAGCUGGCCUUGUGUCUCCUGGCGUGUUGGGUUGUCAUCUUUUUCUGCUUGGUUCGAGGCAUCAAGAGCAUAGGAAAGGUCGUUUACUUCACAGCAUUAUUUCCAUACAUAGUAUUGGUUAUCCUUUUGAUUCGUGGAGCUACUUUAAAUGGCGCCUAUGAUGGAAUAUUAUUUUAUCUCACCCCUGAAUGGCAUCGACUCAAAGAAGCAAAGGUUUGGGCGGAUGCUGCAAUGCAAAUAUUCUUUUCCUUGUCUCCAUGCUGGGGAGGAUUGAUCACCUUGGCAAGUUAUAACCGUUUCCAUAACAACUGUUUUAGGGACUCUUUGAUCAUCACCUUUGGUAACUGUAGCACCAGCAUCUUUGCUGGAUUUGUUAUUUUUAGUAUUGUGGGAUUCAUGGCUCAUGAGUUGGGUGUUCCUGUGUCUGAGGUUGCUGCCCAAGAAGCCCACAUUGGGAAGGUGGAGGAGCCGGUGAUGGCAUAUCCAUACAGAAAGCGUCUGUAUAGAACAGGGUUGUACCAAGAUAAGAGUGGUACCCAAUCGGGGGAAACCGAACUACAUCCAGAACAGUUUACCUUGAUUGAAACCGUUGUGACAACAAUUGUGGAUACCUGUCCUCACCGAUUAAGACGUAAUAAACAUUACAUCCUGGGUCUGUGCUGUACCGUCAUGUUUCUACUAGGAUUACUGAUUUGCACAGAGGGUGGUAUGUAUGUACUUCAGCUGCUAGACAACUAUUGUGCAAGUUUUUCUGCUUUGAUCAUUGGAGUCAUUGAAGUUCUUGUGAUAGGCUGGUUAUAUGGUAUCGAACGUUUCCUUGACGAUGUCAAAGUGAUGCUGGGCUGGUACCCAUUCCAUUACCAGUAUUGGAGAAUUAUGUGGAAGUUCCUCACACCUUUCUCCAUUGUUGCUGUCCUGGUAUUUUCAUGGGUCGAUAUUCACCCGACCAAUUACGGUAGCUACGUAUAUCCAGACUGGGCAACAGCUGUUGGUUGGGCUUUAUCUAUGUUUUCAGUGUCAGCGAUUCCUCUAGUAGCUUGUAUCAAAAUCUGCAAAGCUGAUGGACCCAUUCGAAAACGAAUCAAGACACUACUGCAGCCCACAGAGGACUGGGGACCCAAGUUACAGAUGCAUCGCAUGGAGACCAGAAGUCCCAAACAUACGGACUCCCAAGUUCCACUGGCACUUCCGAAUUAUGACCCUGACUGUUAUGAUGACAACGAUUUUCCAGAUGACCAAGGUGAUGGUCAGCAAGAAGACACAUCAGAUUCAGAAGGUCUAAAGCUCAAAAUUCCCAGCUACCCUAAUCACGAAACUGGACUUUGAUCGAAACUGCUAUGGAAGUAUAAAAUUAACUAGUGGCAUGUGUCCCUCUUUUAAGCUUAAAAGGAGAGCCAUACAAUGAUGAUAACAUUCAGCAACUGGUGGGUAAACACAACAAUAAAGGGGUGUUUGGGGGAUAAAAUGUCAUUUCUGGUCAGAGAAUCAAGGUAACUGGGCUUAGCUAUUACUGUGAGGCUAUGAAUUAACCUCUUAAUUUCUCUUUGUCAACUAGCCCAGUUCCCUGUAAUUUUAAAACUUACCUGACUUUGCUAUAGAAUAUUAACAGAAAAUGUCACUAAGUCAGAGUUGAUGCCUUGGUCAGCAAAUAACUGACUUCAUUACAGAUCAGUACCACACUUAUUUUAAAAGAUACAGUAUGCUGUUAUGAUUGAUGCAACUACUAAAGGUAAUGUGUAAAUAUACCAUCUACAUACAUUAUAAUCUGUAAAUAUUCUAAAGUGCCAAUGCUAGUGAUUAGUGUUAGGGAAACUGCCUGCUGAAUUAUUAUAUCAUUUUAUAACUCAAACAUAAAACCAUUAACAUUUUCCUAUGGUAGUAAGGUGGUCUUAUUUUUACACCCUUGAUAAUCUUUAACAAAAACUACAUAAAUUCUAUUCUUCAUUUAUCUUGAGCUGAUCUGUUUUAAGUUGAAUUAACCUGUCUCACUGCUUUAGAAUAAAAUACUGUACAAGUUUCGUUGUCCGAUUGUUCUUCAGCCGAUACAUACUAAUUUAGCCAUUUUAUGUUACAUCUGAUGUGAGCAGUAAAAGAGGGAUACUGAACUGAAAUGUCACUCUUUGGUUAAAGUAAGAAAUGAAGAAAAUGAGGUAAAGUUAACUAUAUUUCUAGAUCAAUAGGAAGAGAAGUUUAAAACACUUCCUGUGAAAACUAUUCUUUAAACAAAAGCUGUUUCUUGUGUAAUUUAGGACAACUUCUAAAUGCAAGUUUAAUGAGCAGAUGGACAGUCUGUUAUUUUAUAUCUGUGGUGUUGUAACAAGAUAAUAUUUAUGUGUUGUGUUAAAAAAAGCUGUGGUUUAGUGCUGCACAUAACACUUGUAUUGCAAUUUUUUUUGAACAUCAAAUGUAAAUAAACCAAGUUAUUUAGUUUUACAGGGUUUUAUCUAAUAAUGUAAAUAUAAAUCUAAUGCAUGUUAAGAAAAAUGAUUUUUUUCUAGCUUGUAUAAAUGGGUUUUUUUUUCUGAAGUUUUGUAAACAUUGUUACAGAAGUUACACAGUUUGUCACGUUGUUAUUUAUACAAAUACGUGACAAAACCCCACAAUUAGAACCUGAUAAGUUUGUACAGGUAGUAUGAAUAGAGACAUGUUAAGUUCCUAGAUUACAGCAUAUUAUAUCUAUGUAUUAUGUAGUUUGAAAGCUUACAUUUACUUAUCAACAACAGUGUAUAUAAACUAGAAAAGAAGAUAUCUUACUGCUAUUCACUUAUCCUUGCCUUAGUAAGUCUUUGGUGCCACGUACUUGUGUGUAGUAAAGUACUUUUUUACCCUCUAAAAGUCCAUUAUUUUAACCUAUUUAGAAAAUUUUCUUAAAACAUAUGGUGAUAUUUGUUAUAAAACAUUUCUUCUGUCACACCAACACUUAAACUUUAGAGAACAGAAUAGUGUUGUAUCAAAGUAAAGGUGUAAACGUACAGUUGACUGUUUACAAUCCAAAUCUCGAUUAGAAUCGACUAGUUUAGUUUCAUUAGUGGUGGUUUUUCUAUAAGAGGGAAGUGAUUAACAUAAUCAACCAAUUACCCAACCAGUUUUGGAUAAUUACUUUGUUUCUUAGCAUAAUAUUGGCAAAUAGCUAUGUCAUAAGUAUUCACUAUCAUCGUUUCUAAAUGUGGACCACUUACAUGCUCUUGACCAUAAGACCAAAGAUGAUUACCAGCAAGGAACAUUUGUUAAUCAAUAGUAAAGUUUUAUUUGAAAGAAUUACAUUAAAAGAAAGGGGGGUAAUAUAGCAGCUCAUGCAAACAGUUUCAUUAGAGUUGAAAUUGACAAGUGUGAAAAACGUGUUGUUUUUAUACGUAUAUUAUUUUGGAGGCCACUGUACAUCUUACAAAUAGGAAUUAGCAUACAUAGAACUGACUGAACAGUAAGAAAUAAAGUGUGGAUAUUACUGAAUGUUGUUGAUUUUCUUAUAUUAAAAGUCAAAAUGUGAACAAAUCAUUUCCAAGAUGUGUUUUUUUGCUUUAAACAGUUUACACCUUCUCCUUCACUCAUAACUAUAUAUGUAUUAACAUUCAGGAAAGACUAAUAAUAUGCCAAAAUUCUACCUUUGCCAGAUUGAGUCAUAGAAAAGUAGUAAUUUGUAAAUGUAUUUAAGUUGGCCUUUUUUUGCUCUAGUGUUUAUCACAAUACUUCUGUUGUGUAGUUUAUCGUCCUUUAAGUUCUGUAUAAUCAAGUGAAAUAAAACCUUUUAGGAAAUUGAA